CAGAGAGAAAAGUGAUACUAAGCAAUAAAAUGUGGACACGUGUCAAUAUAACAUGGGAGUUCGUCCUUGCGUAGGACCCGAAAACGUGUACUGAUUGGCGUAAAAGACAUAGUGUCGGUGAUGUCGGUCCACUUGACUUAUUGACUGGUGCCACGUUGCAUGAACCUUGUUGGAGAAAAACAAUUAAAUAUUUUUGAGAACGUUAGUAUUUUUUUCCGCGUACGUAUAUCAUAUUUUAUUGCAUUCGUAGAUAUAUAUAAACUAAACUUACAUUUCAUGUGUAGAUAGUAGAUACUGAAAUCAGGAAGAAACAAAGAGUAUAUGGUUACUUGGGUUUCUAAAGAUAAUGAGAUAUGUUGAUAAUAUGGAUGUCAUUUUCAACAUAUUUGAGAAACGAAAUUAUUAAAAAGGACAGAUGUUAAUCAGGAAUGCAUCAUUUGUAUCUCUGGUCUUAAAUUUUAAGCUAGACGUUUUGUGACCAGCGACGUUGCAACAGACAUACUCCAGCUGUUUUAUAACUAGUUGAUAUUUUUAGUGCACAAAGAUCAAGAAAACUACUUUUUUCUUAAAAAAAUAUUUUAAACAUAUAAUUUUUAAAUCUGUUAACUAAUUAUAAAAAAAAUUGUAAAAUUUAAUUGGUUGAACAGUUUCCAAUAAAAUUAAAGUUAACCUUAAAAUCUCAAAAUUUCAUAUAAAUUAAAACAAAAUAAUUUUUCUAAAUAUCAACUAUAUUGAAACGGAGAAAUCAAACAAACUCAUCCUUUUCAAUUCUUUUCUAGGUCAUCUUUUAUCCUCGUUCUUUGAGCUAUAUUUUUGGUGAUAGCAAGACGGUAUCUUGUAGCCGACAUUUUCGUGAGAAGAUAAACUUACCUGGUAGUAUAUUUAAGAGAAUAUAGUGCGAACUGCGAAUGAUUUUAUAAAUUUCUAAUUUAGCAAAAAAAAAAGAAGUGAUUAAGUGCUUUAUUUUGCAUCAUUUGUUUGUUUUAGUCUUUCUGUCUAUUUGUGCUUGUCACACGGCUGCGUUUUGUGGACGUGAUAAUAACCUUAAUGUUGUCAAAUCAGAAAUAUUCAACGAUGUUUAUCACUCACUUUAUAUGGAUGGGGACAUGGGACUCGAUCAAUACAUUGCUAAUAUUUCAAAACGUUCAAUUGAAAAUAUAAUCGACCGUCAGAUGAAAAAACCUUUCCCCUUCAUAGUUUCAAUGUGAACUCUGUUAAAAGGGCUAAUAAGUAGAGAUCCUUAACGAGUACCUUCAAAAGGCCCAAUACACACAACAUGGGCCUAUGAAUACGGAUCCAAUCUAUAACCCGACCCGUUGAUUGUUGACACAGAGAGUGAAAGAGACUCGGUGGAAGAGAGUUGUUUUCUCUCUGCCUGCAUCUCGUGUGUUCUCUCCGUCGCUUCUUAAUUAGUGUUUGAAGGAAGCGAUGAUAACGAGAUCGAAUCUAGCGGAGCAGCUCAGGGAAUAUCAGAUUCGAUCAAAGCAUGAUUGGGCCUCCGUCUCUUUCUUCUCUUCCACCUCCAAUUUCUCUUCUUCCAGGGUCCAUGUCCUGGUCUUUGUCAUUUGGGAGCUUGUGAUCUUACUACUCCUGGUGUGUUCAGCAGUAUCCUUGUUCUUCAAGCGGUUGCAACUUGCAUUCAUCCUGGUUUGUGUCGGCUUGCUUUUGCUCUUCUGUAUGAAAAUUCUAAAGCAAGCGAGACUAGCUAGGAACAAGAAGCGGAGGAUGCUUCUUCCUCUCUCUAUGUAAAAGGACCAAACCGAGGAGCAGCAGCAAGUGUAAACCUCUUUUUAUAUUCUUACACAACCAUGACCAACUCUUUUCUCUGUGGCACGAAUACUGAUGAAGACAGACAGUUAAGGUCAGACUUUUGUCUCUGGUAGCUUCUGUCCUUUUGAAGAAUAGACCUGAUAUUGGAAACCAGGUGAUGGAUGGGUGCUGCUAUUCCAGGGCUUAGCUUAGACAAAUCAGAGCGCUACUUAACUCGGAACUAAAGUGGUUCAAAAUAUUGUUUUUUUUUUUUAAUUCUCCUGUAUAUGGUGGUUUUGAAAUUAAGACAUGUUAGUCCGCAUACACUACAUUCAAAAGCAACAGUUUUAGAUUUUGAGAGAAUGUUCUUUUUUUUUUGUUGUGAUAUUGUAAAACGCUAACUUUUACCACCCACAAAAACAACAAAAAUUGAUAACCAAUCAACCGGUACAAUGAAUUGUGGGAGAUAAUAAGUUCUUACGAACAGUAUAUACUAGUGAUGGGCUUAAUUCACAUCCAAAAACUAACUCAAAAGUGGAGGAUUACUCAUACAUUUAUAUAUUGCCUAAGGACAUCGUGAUAUUAAUAGUGUGUUAGAUAGUUUAGAGCUCGGAGUUUCUCUGCCCCUAUUUCGAUUUCCAAUAGGAAGACGGGUUUAGGCCAUGUUCUCGGUAUUAACUGCUGCGCCCGGCGGCCUGGGGGAUUAAUCACCUCCCGGUUAUUCAAAAAAUAAAAUAAAGAAAAUAAUAAGUUUUCAGUUCAUGAAUAAAAAGUUGUUAAUUACUAGCAAAACGAAUGAAAUCUGCAGAUAUGGGCCUUUUCUUUCAGUUGGGCCUCGUUUUAGUUGAGGCCUUAUGCAAAUAACAUGUAAUAAAAAAAAGUCACGAGCUACAUGGUUGCAUCGAAAUCUCAGUUAGGAGAAAAGAGUUGAAAUUGCUGUCGCGAAUUUGAGAAAAAUGGGUGGCGGAGGAGGAGGAAUAACAUACAAGGGAGUCACCGUGCAAACUCCGAAGACGUGGCACACCGUCGCCGGAAAGGGCUUGUGCGGCGUCAUGUGGUUCUGGAUUCUGUACAGAGCGAAGCAAGACGGUCCUGUAGUCAUGGGAUGGAGGCACCCCUGGGAUGGCCAUGGUGACCACGGAGACCAUCACUAGGUAUCACUGAACCUUUUGAAGAUCAUGACGAGAAAAUGGAUCCUCUCUGUUUUAUUUUCAGCUUCAUAUGUCGAAAUAAAGAGAAAUGUGAAGAAGACCUGAUAUUGUUUUUGUACACACCUUUGUAAGAUUUGCUGGUUCCCGUUUUUAGCUGCUACUUCGGUUGGUGUUACUGAUGAUAUUUGUUGUUUUGCUGUCUACAAACAAAUAAAAUCGAUUGCUCAA